GGAGCAAAAAUCCCGAGAAUUAAAAUUAAUUCCAGCGAUUUAAUUGUCGGCUAAUUUAUAUUUGCACCGGAAGUUUCACGUUGCAGCAUGCAUCAAUUACCCUUCAUCUUGUGCUUGAUGAUGAUUUCGCUCGCCGCGGCCAAUGGACCCACGGCCGCCAACAGAAAUAGAGGCUACAUUUUUACGGCACCGAAACGGCUAAUCGCAGGAGAGACAGAAAAGGUAUGUCUUUCUCUCCAUAAUUUGGAAGCACCAGUUCAUAUAAAAGUUGAUUUAUUGUCUUCGUCGAGUUUACCAAGUAGCGUCACGCCAUCAACCAACGUCGAGGAUGACAUUCUCGGCAGCACCGAGACGACUCUUAAAACCGGAAUUGAAACUUGUUUGGAAUUACGAGUGACAAGUAGUACAAAAUAUCGCGUUGGAAGAUUGAAAUUGCGUAUGAAAUUUGAUAAGCACUCGGAUUAUAUUGUGGAUACAGAAAAAAAAGUUUUCAUCGAAUAUGAUGCCUUGAUCACUUUCGUAGAAACAGAUAAGGCCAUUUAUAAACCUGGCCAAGAUGUCAAUAUUAGGGUGUUAACGCUUAAGCACGAUCUGAGGCCUUGGAUAAAGCCGAUAUCUAAAGUAUGGAUCGAAAAUCCAUCAGAAGUACGCAUAGCUCAAUGGACAAAUGUAUCUACAGAAAAUGGAAUGGCCCAACUUUCAUUUCCCUUAUCAUCGGAACCAAUCUCCGGAAUAUGGAGAAUUAAAGUCGAAAAAAUGCGAUCCCAAUUAAUUCAUACUUCAACUUUUGAAGUAAGAAAAUAUGUUCUUCCACGAUUUCAAGUAACGAUUAAUGCUCCGAAUUAUAUUCUUGCAGAUGCCAAAAAUGCCACUUGGAAAGUUUGUGUCAGAUACAGUUAUGGCGAACCAGUGAAAGGAACACUUUUACUGAGCUUACGCCCACAAACAUCGAUAUGGAAAAGAAAACAGACCAUUGCCGAAAUUAAGUUUGAAGAAAAGUUUGAUGCCUCAUCAGACGGAUGUAUGAAUUAUACGGUAAGCGCUCAAGUUCUUGGACUACCGCACUGGAAGGUCGCACCUAAUAAUGUAAUCUUGCUGGUUAAUUUCACGGAAGCCAAAAGCGGAGUUGUUGAAACGGCUAGUAGUCGUACUCUUGUUAUGCAUCAGCCUCUUAAACUUGAGUUUGCCCCGCACACUCCGAAAUAUUUUAAACCUGGCCUCCCUUAUCACGGCAAGUUACGAGUUUUACAUCCUGAUGCUUCGAAUCCCGCGCCAAAUGAAAAAAUUCAAUUGUGUUUAAGAAUUCGUCGUAAGGAUGAGUGGCAACGUUCAGUUGUUGAAUGUCGUAAUUACACCUCCUCGAACAUUGAUGGAUAUUUAGAUUUUAUUGUGCCACCGCAGCAUAAAAAUAUUGUCCUUCUGAGUUUCGUAGCUACAGCGGUUGAUUAUCCCACCAAGUAUUAUUCACCUGAUAAACGCUGGCGGGUAUUUCUGGAUCAGCCAUCGGCCUAUAUAGACGUAGAGCCAUGGUACUCACCAUCCUCGAGCUAUUUGUCAGUAACACGGACCUAUCAGCCGAUUGUUUGUGGAGAAAAAUACUCCUUUAAUGUCAUGUACACUAAUGGUAAUAUGAAUUCCGAAGAUACAGAUCCCAUAACUUUUCACUAUUCCAUAAACUCCAAGGGUGAUCUCUUGGUUUUUGGUCAUAUCAAGUACAAGCCACACAAAGACACGAUUCUCGAUUAUUCUGAAUUUCGUAAUCUUCUUGGUGCAACCAAUCAGUCGAAUGUCGGCAGUAUGAAUCCUACGGUACACAGGUUUCCCUUGAGUGUAAAGAUAACGGCAAGUAUGGCUCCCAUCUCGGAACUCUUGCUUUACUACGUACGUCUGGACGGCGAGGUAGUGACUGCGAGUCAGGGUAUCCAAAUUGGCCAGUGUUUUGAGAACAAAGUGAGGAUGGCGUGGAACAUGGACAGUCAAAGUCCCGGUUCGCUAGCUCAUUUGCAGUUAGAAGCAGCCCCCCGAUCUCUUUGUGGUCUCUCCGCUGUGGAUAAGUCCACGAAAUUCCUCGGGACAGGCCAAGCCGCUCUCUCGGAGUCCAAUAAACUCAAUCCCGAGAACGCUUUCGCUAGGCUCGUACCUUUUCACCUACCACCCGAGGCUCUCCCCGUUCAGAGUACCUGGACUCAUUGCGAUAAAUUUCAAAGUCCGGAGGAGGGUAUCGAGAGAAUCGAGGAACCUGAGGAAGAGAUGGAUCAUUUACCAGGACCCGAGGCUUCUGCGAUGCGCAACAAACGUCACUCAGUUACCUAUAAUGCUUGUGCCAAUUACGUUGAUGCUAUCCAAGCUUUCGAUGACUUUGGUACUAUUGUAAUGAGUGAUCUGACACUGGAGUCUCGUCCAUGUCCACCUUGGCGCUCGAGCUUCGGUCGACAUUCUCUGAGUCCGAUCUCCCAGGAGGACAUCGAUGAGCCAGACAGAAUGCUCAAGGCCGUGAAGGCCAUGCCCUUAGCUUUCCAGUUCACCGCACCUGGAGGUACCGUUGCUGAGAGCUCCGCAAUCGGUCAGGACGUGAGCUACAUAGAUCCAGCCAUGCUUGAACUACAAACUACUAACGUCGUUAGGUCUUAUUUUCCGGAGACGUGGAUAUGGGAGCUCGUAUCAAUCGGAGAGGACGGCAGAGCUAACCUCGAGCGCCAACUACCACACGCAGUGACAGAGUGGGUGACCGGAGCCGUUUGUCUCUCAACUGGGCACGGACUUGGUAUUGCACCUCCGGCCAAACUUACAGCCUUUCAACCAUUUUUUCUUGAUUUUGGCUUGCCCCUGAGUAUCAAGCGCGGCGAGCAACUGCAUCUCAAAGUUUUACUCUUCAGCUACGUGGAUCAUAGCUUGCCAGUAUUAUUGCGACUGCAAGCGCCGGAUGGCCUCGAGCUUGAUCUCGAUCGCUCGCCAGAAAUUCAACUUUGUCUCGGGCCUAAGGAUAGUGCUGUGCAUGAAUAUCCGUUACUGCCGAGGCGUCUCGGCCAGCUGAACAUCAGUGUUAUUGCAGAACUUAACCCGGGCGCGGAAGACUGCGGUCCUCAAACGCUUCUCUACACAAGGGACGAAGUUUUAAAGCCAAUACUGGUAAAGGCUGAGGGCUUUCCGAUCGAGAUUAGCAGGUCGGCCUUCUUAUGCCCGAUGGACUUUGGUGAGGACUCCUCCCUGGUCUGGGAGCUCGAAUUACCGAACGCUGAGUCUGAAGAAGAACAGCUCGUUGAAGGCAGUAUCAGGGCACAUGUGUCCCUCAUCGGUGAUGUUCUGGGUCCAGCGAUCGACAAUUUGGACCGGCUCGUUCGAUUGCCAAUGGGCUGUGGUGAACAAAAUAUGAUACUCUUCGUACCCAACAUCCAUGCAAUUGCUUACCUUGAUGCAAUCAAUCGCCACACUGCCUCUGAGAUGAGAACAAGGGCUCUUAAAAAUAUGCAGAAAGGCUACGAAAGAGAACUGAACUAUCGACAUCCAGACGGCUCGUACUCGGCUUUCGGAGUGGCAGACGAGACCGGAAGUGGUUCCAUGUGGCUCACUGCCUUUGUCGUGAAAUCUUUCGCUCAAGCUCGGUCGAUGAUCCAAAUCGAUGAACGCGACCUGAAACUUUCGGUGAAGUGGAUUGUGCGGCGGCAAUUGGAAAAUGGCUGCUUUCCCGUAAUCGGACAGGUUUUCCACAAGGACAUGAAGGGCGGCUUACGCGAGGAAGAUGGCUCAUCCUCAGCGUUAACAGCCUAUGUACUCGUGGCCCUCCUAGAAUCCGGUGUUCCAUUAAGCGCCGCCCUUGUCAACAACGCUCUCUACUGUCUAGAGAAAGCCAGCGCCUCGGAUCAGCUGGCCGAUAGUCCCUAUGCAGGCGCCCUUACGACUUACGCUCUUGCGCUUCUCGAGCACCCGCGAGCCAACGAAAGUUUACGCAGUCUUUUGAACCGCGCCUCGCGUCUCAAUGAUGCGAUCUGGUGGGAAGAUCGCAGUAGGCCAGAUUCACUUGCCCUCAAUAUUGAGACGACGGCCUAUGCGGUGUUGUCGCUGGUGAAGCUCGGUGGUGAAGCAAACAUAAUGGAAGCCCUCCGAGCCGUCCGCUGGAUGUCCAAGAAGCGCAAUGCCCAAGGCGGUUUCAGUUCGACCCAAGAUACAGUCGUCGGAUUAGAAGCACUGGCCAAGUACGCACUCGCAGUUGUCAAUGCAACGACAACAAAUCUCUUUGUUCUCGUGACAGCGACGGACUUUGAUCGCGUGCUCAACAUUGGCGAAGAUAAUCGCACCUUGCUGAGUCGCUUUGAGCUUCCAAGUUUGCCUACCACCCUCGAGCUCUUUGCUGGUGGCGUAGGCUGCCUUUUGGUGCAGAGCAACCUUAGGUACAAUAAAGUAAAGGCCUCGGGAUCGGAGGCAUUCGACCUCUUAACGAGUUCGGAGAGCAUUUCGACACAAGAGCUGGAAACACUUAAUGAUACCUGUUCAGUACAGCGAUUGAAUAUCUGUGCUCGUUACAAACUGGCAGACGAAGAGAGCAACAUGGCCGUGCUGGAAAUCGGCAUGAUCAGCGGUUUCGUUCCAGAUCGAAUAUCUUUGCACAACUUGUUGUAUGAACCCUCGACCGGUGUGAAACGAUUUGAAGAAAAUGAUGACACGGUAGCCAUUUAUUUUGACAAACUUACCACGCAAAAGACAUGUAUUUCUUUCCAGGCAAAUCGUGAAAAUAUCGUUGAUAACAUCGAACCUGGAUAUAUUAAACUUUAUGAUUAUUAUCAACAAGAACUUACAGUUUCCACGAGUUAUACAUUCAUGAACGUAUGUGAUUAUAAGAACGAAAAAUCUGAUAUUAAUGGAUUGUUGACAAAAAAAAUGCAACAGAAAGACAAUCGUCAGCCGAACGAUCGGAUAUCUAUUGAUGAAAACCCACCACAAAUUGAGAAUAUAACAAGAGAAAAAAAAAUUGAUUCCUCCAUUUUUAAACAACUGUCAAUAAAUAUUACUGUAGAACCUACCAUUAUAGAUUAUAUAGAGGAAAGUAGCGGCGAAUCGGAAAGUAAACUUAUCUUGCCCGAAACGAUUUUACCAAAUUUUGAUGUGCUUGAAUCAACAUUUGUGAACAUCGACCACGAACUUGAAACUCCAAAUGGAAUCGAAGGUCCUGUUCCAGCCUACAUCGAUAUAUCUUCUCCGACAACUGAAAUAAAUGACAAAUCCCUAUCACAUAUCAUAUCAAGUAUUAAUAAUUUUUCAAUAACACAGGAUGUACCGGAUGAAGCAAAGAGUCAGUCGAGGUGCCCAAGAUGCAAGGAAGAACUGCCAUUCGACAUUAAAGAGCUCUUCUGCUCUUCGAAAAGUGCUGUCAAGGCAGUUAUUAGGCAGUCGCGAAAGGCUCGCUUAAUUUUAGAUUUAAGCUCAUCUAAUGAGGCAAGAAGACUUCGCUCUACAAUUGAACUGAACAUCAGACCCGAAUGCUCGUGUGUACUGCUCGACAGACCGGGAAUUAUGGUCUUAUUGCUGAGCUCCGACGAGAAUCGCGAUUUCUCGAAAACAGUCUAUAAGGCUAAAGCAUAUCUGGACAACAGUAACUCCUUGUUUUUGCUUAUGCCUGUUGUUGGAACCCCACGUGAGAUUAAGGAAGCUCGACUCUCAUGUCCAAUAACAUUAAAGACGUAAAAAUUAUCUAAGAAAGAGACUGGCACUAUAGUAACAUUUAUAUCGUUAAUUGAUUAUCAACCCGAAUUAUGGAGCACAAUCAUUUGUAACCACCAUUUUUAUUUAUACACUUUUAAACUGUUAAUUUUUCUACAUCUCUAUCAUCAACUUCUAAAGAGCAAUCAACUGACAAGUAUCUGCUAAUGCCGAAUAGCAUAUAGUAAAUAAUUCAUAAACCUAUGAACAUUUUAUAUUCUUAUUGUGUAUAUUAAUUAUUUUAACAAUUAAACUUAAUGAUUAUAUGACUGCUGUUUAUUGGGUUGAUAUUUUAGCAGACAAAAUAAGUAAUGCAAUUUUUUGUAACAAUGUUAUUAACAAAUGAAAAA